AUGGCCACUUACGAAGAAGCAAAUGCCAUUUGCGAGUUCCUUCGGGAGAGGAUUAGUAUCACUCCCUUGGUGGGCAUCAUUUGUGGCUCAGGACUAGGCCAAUUAGCCAACCGCAUCUCUAAGCCAGUAAUCAUUCCCUACAAGGAAAUUCCUGGAUUCCCACAUGCCACUGUGCAGGGACACAAAGGAAAUCUGGUGUUUGGUACACUAAGUGGAAAGAACGUGAUGGUGAUGCAGGGUCGAUUCCACGCCUACGAGGGAUAUACACAACAGCAGAUCACACUGCCGGUGAGAGUGAUGCGUCUAAUGGGAUGCGAGUACCUCUUCGUAAUUAGUGCAACAGGCGGUCUGCAUCCUAACUACGAUGUUGGAGACAUCAUGGUAUUGAAGGACCACAUCAGUAUUCCUGCAUUAGCUGGAAUUAGCCCACUGACGGGCCUUAAUGAUGAAAGAUUUGGUCCUCGAUUUCCCGCUCUGUCGGAUAUUUACUCGAAGGAGCUGCGCUCGCUGACCCUGCGCGUGGCAGAACAGAUGGGAAUUGGGAAGCUGAUGCAUGAGGGUGUGUAUGUGUGUUGCUGUGGUCCCACCUAUGACACACCGGCGGAGGCGCGACUGCUGCAAAUGCUGGGCGCCGACGUAGCAGGCAUGAGCACCACAGCGGAGACCAUUGUGGCACACCACGCGGGAAUGCGUGUGCUUGCUCUCGCCCUUGUUGCCAACCGCGAGUCCUUUGAACUUGGCCACGAGCAGAAGGCGAGUCACGAGGAAGUGCUUGAGAUAGGCCUACAGCGUGGUGAGACGAUGGCAACGCUGCUCACUCGUGUUCUAGCAGCUCUGUGA